AUGGAACCUAUAACUCCUUACCGUCCAUACCUUUUGCGCCUUUGGUUCUUGGUGGCCCUAGUGCUUGUCACAACAGCCUCUCUGGGACUGGUCGAAUAUUCCCUCCACAAACUUCUGUCAACUGCUGAUCUCAGCAGCGCAGUUGUGGCUGGCUCAGACUACAACUCGACCUCCUCUACACCUUCCUUCUCUCCGUCAGUCGCUCGCAAGACAACCGUAACCCGUACGACACUUGCCUAUAUCAACGCAACAGUGCAGAUACCACAUGCAAAAGCGACCCGAGGUAUGAUGCGCACUGAAACCAAUGAGAAUACACACAUCUCCAAGCGAGCCGGACGCCAGAAUUCCACUAACCCAAGGGUUACCAGAUGGAACCCACGUCCCACACAAAGGCCUUGGAAUCCAGAAAGGAACUCUCCAAAAGACUCGAGCAUAGUGGCAGAAUGUUCAGAACCCCCCAAUCCCCGGGCAUCUGGAGAUUGUGCCAUAAUACUUGACCCCAGUGUAAUGAGUGUACCCGCCUAUAUAAGUCAAAUCGGUUCAGCAUGGGGUGGAUGGGUAAACAUUGGAUUGCCUGCAACAUUGCUCCUUACGCCUCGUCCUACCAAGACUCCUGCACCCACAGCAACUAGCUACCCCGAAAUCGAAACUGAAACAGUGGUGGAAACUCUGACAGUAUAUUAUUCUGAAAGUUAUCUCGACGACAGACCUGUUCCCGACACCGAGGUGGUCUACCCCGAAACCAAGAUUACUACCGAGCUAGCGCUUCCCACCACCGAGACAAUUUUCACCGAUGCAGUUCCUAACAUUCAAGCCGUUCCCAACCCCGAUAUAUCUCCCACUUCCACUCAGUCGGCAGGCAUUAGCACAGUUUUCACUGAGAGGCCAUCCAGCAACGUAAUCCUCAGCAUUCAAACGGUUCCCAACCCCGGAACUAUUCCCAAACAGAUGCAGCCCAAAGCAACAGAAAGCACCAUUAUUUCCGAUUUAGAGGCAAUGGAUAAAAAAGACACCGAAACAAACAGGCUGUUUACCAGCUGGUCACCCACUGUGCACGCCACUGCCCCCCGCAAUGUUCGGCAUUCAGCAUCACUGAAAAACUGGUCAACCUCUGACACGUCCUGGCAGUUACUUACUCCCGCAAAUGCCAUAAGAAUCACUAGUACUUCAACACCGUCAGUACCUACUCUAAGAGGGUCAUCUCAACUGGGUACUCCAGAGUAUUUCAUGUCCACAAGCACUGUUCCAACACCGAGGACCAGGGGCUCGACAACAACUGGCUCACUGGAAUACUCAACAUUCUCAAAGGCCAUAAUAAGCCCCAUCAUCACUUCAUCUGUUUCACCUAAUGAGGAAAGUUCCACAGACGGAAAUGGCUCAUACAUUGUUUAUGUAUUGACACCAGAAGCUUACUUUCUUGGAUCCUUUGCUCCUCUCAUAUUCGCCAUCCUCUUCUAUCUACCGUGGGCCAGUUUAGAUGCAGUUGCAAAGAGAAUGGAGCCGUUUUACCGACUUAGCAGCUCCAAGGGCGCAGUAGCAUCCGAGUCCCUGAACGUUUCCUACGAAAGCCAAGUACCCUUGGUCGGGCAGCUCUGGAAUUCACUUAUCCGAAGACACUGGGUUGUAUCACUCACCUCCUUUCUGGUCAUAUUAUGCCAGGUCUUGAUGGCACUUUCACCUGAAGCAAUCCGAAUAUCUGUGAUAGGGACCGACUGCCGUGCGAACGUCACAUGUCCUGGGGUAUUAAGCGUGUCGACAGCGCCUGCCAGGGCAAUGGAAGCUAUGUUGCUCGUCAUGAUUAUUUGCACUGCUGUGCUUGCAGGGCAGCUUUGGAACCGACGAUCCCAGCUAUACUCGGAACCUUUCAGUCUUGCUGGCACGGCAACUCUGGUGGCGAAUGAUGGCUCCUUCUUGCAGCUAUUUCGGCAGGUGGACUCUCAGUCUCUGACGUCGGAUGGCAAGGGGUUGGAGAAAGCAUUGGGAAAAAACACACGAUACCGCGUCACAGUAUACAAAAAUGAGAGAGGGGCAGCACAAAAUGGCAUUGUUUUGGAGCCACCGCACACGACCUCCCAAGCCUUUCCGGCCACCACAACUCCUGCAUCUGGCGUCAAAUUCCUUCCAGUAAAACGGUCGAAUCCCCUGAUAUUGGAAUUAUGUCUCCUUUUUCUCAUCAUCGUCAUCAUUCUGCCGAUAAUAAUCUGGUAUUAUCUUAACAACGACCAAAACCAUCCGCUUGAGCUAUUCCUGAGCGGCCAGGACUUUGGAGUCAGGUUCCUUUUCGCGGCAAUAGGCAUCCUCAUCGACGAGCUUUGGAAGAACAUUUUUUCAAGUAUGCGUCCCUUCCUUUUCAUGCACUUUUGCCUAUACUAA